AUGUUCAGGACGCUGGUUCGACGCGCCCACGUCCACAAGCCUGGAUUCCGCUUCCCGGAUCGCAAGGCGCCCAAAGAGGCACACGUCCCGCACCCGCACCCCGCCGCACCACCCAACGUCGCCGACAACUUCCAAAAGUUCCAGCAGGCCUACGAGAGCGGCCCGCACUUUGACCCGUCCAAACUCAACGACACCGCCUCGGCCUCGGCAUCGUCAUCGUCAUCGUCGAGCGCGGCGGGCGGCGCCGGCUCGUCGAGCGGUCUGCUGGGCAACAUCUCGAUGAGCGGACGCGAGGUGGCAGAAGACACGCAUCUGCUGCCCGAGAGGUUCUGGAGGACGCCCGCCCUCGUGCUCGGAGACGAGGAAAUGGAGAGCAUCAUGCUCGGUGGCGCGGCGCGGUCAUAG